AUGUACAAUGUUUCACCUAACUAUAAUGCCAAUUAUUCUGCAGAUCAAUAUCUCCAAGUCUUCACUGUUGGGUCAUACAAAGAAAACCAAGCAAAAAUUGGUGCAGGUGUCCAUUCUGAACUAUUCUCUUUCUUCACAGCAGCGGGGCACAAUAGAUCCACUUUCAAAGGAGAAAUAGAGACCAUUNAAUCAGCAUUUGACUUAGUAUGGAAGGAGAAGCUAAUUCUAAAAUUGGCAAAGAUUGGUAUUAAGCAUAACAUGCUAAACUGGAUAAAAGCAUUCAUUGGACAAAGAUCGUGUAAAGUCAGAUACGGAAAUGCUCUAUCAAAAUCCAAUCGUUUGCAAACAGGCCUUCCACAGGGAGCUGCCACAAUCUGCACUCUUUUCAAUGUCUUCAUCAAUGACAUAGCCGAAUUAGUACAGACAGUCACGGCGUUAAGUGCUUACUUUAUGCAGAUGAUCUUGUUCUAUGGUAUUCCGCCCCUAAGAAAACGCUCAGGAGAGGACAGAAAGUGCCCUAAGUUAUGCACUGAUGUACAAUGUUUCACCUAA